GAAAGGCUCCUAUAAGUCCAUGUCAUAAUCUUAAAUGCCUCCAGCACUACUCUGGAGAGGUGUAAAUCCCACCAAAAGAUUCAGUUGCACAAAUUCAGAUCUGAAAGGAUCUGAGGGCCUCCCCUUGUUCCAGCUGUUUCUUGACUGCUCAUGUAUAAUCUUGGUCUGUAUUUGAAAAACCAGAACACCUGGACUGUACUUCAUAAACAACCUCUGAGGUUAUAGGACUACAAAAUCCCUUUAUCAUGGCCUGUACCUUUGAGAAACAUUGUUGUUCCCUCUUUCACCACUAAUACAACUUUUCCUUGGGGCUUUGCCACUUAUUUCGUUUCUUGGCUUGGAGGGUGUGUACUCCGCUAGAAUGGUAUCAGGCUUGCAUAGAUAUUUUGAUUGAUAGUAGUGCUUGCUAAAUUUAGCAAGCAUGUGAGCGCAUUAAUCAGUCCACUCAAACAGGGACAGGGAGUCUAGAGUUUCAGUUCUCAUGUCAGGACACCAAGAAUGUUUCUGAACUGUACAAAAACCCAUUUCAGCACCUUGAGGUUUUGCAAAACAACACCUUUCAGUUUUAAGAGUUCUAAAUUUGUGACCCAUGUAACUGUUUGCAUAGUCACUUGUUGAUGUGUAGUUUUUACUGUGUACAUUUGCCAUGUAUCUUGGUCAUUUAACUGAUGAAGUGUUAUUUUUCUCUCCACAGUACCUCAGGAGAACAGCUUGAUAAUAAGUCUGCUCCUCUGUCUAGUGCUCAUGGUGGAGUGGGUCAGAACCUGCUGCUGAGUCCUGCCAGUCUUCAGCUUGCUCAGCUUCAGGCCCAGAUCACUCUACACCGCCUCAAGCUCGCCCAGACAAGCAAUACUGCCACUGCAGCCACUGUCCUAAAUCAGGUUCUUUCCAAUGUGGCCAUGUCCCAGCCACUCUUCAACCAUCUACGGGGUUCCAGCAUGGCCCAAGCCCACAGCGGGGCCUUUCCACCACCACCCAUAGCCUUCCCACCACCAAAUGCUUCACUGGGACAAUUAGUUGGUGGUGGCUUUGCCCCAAAUCCCACGGAAAUUAGGCCCACCAACUACAGUGGGGUGUCCAACCAGAAAGCUGGUCAGCACAACGAUUUCAGCAAAAAGGCUGGAACAUUUUCGAUGGACACAGACCGUCGCUUGCAGUUUGGAUAUCUGGGAGGGGCUUCAGUGGUUACUAGUAAAUCAUGUGAUGGGAGACAGUAUGGUGGACCCACACAACCCGGAAGCAAUGUCCACAGCAAUUUUCUAAGGGAUUUUUACUCCUCAGAAACACCAGUACAACAAACUUGUUUCAUGGGAGGAAGCAAUGAUCAGAAUCUUGGAUCAGCCUCUAAGGAUCAAUGGAAAGGUCCGAUCAACUUGGGGAAGAUGGAUAUGGGUACAGGAACAGGUUCUGGUGGUUGGGUACCACCUGGACCAGGGUUUGUGGGUCAGAGAGCGGAGUUGUAUAACCCAGAGGAACCCACAGCAGAUCCUAAAUUCAACUCAACAUGUGGCCCAGGGAUUGGGCCACCCCAUGGGCAGCAAGGGGGAUUUCAACAGCAGCCACAGGUUUCCCAGAGUGAAGAAAGGGUGACCUUGCAAUUGCAACCCCACCAGUUCAAUGACUAUCAUGGGAAAACACCUUCACACCUACCCCAUCAGUGCACCAUUUGUGAGAAGAAGGUUUACAACCUGAAGGACUGGGACCAGCAUGUGAAGGGCAAGUUACAUCUACAGAACUGUUCACUCUACACCGAAAGUCCAAUGCUUGGAGCAGUGCACUUUCCAGUAUCAUCUGAAGGAUGUCUCAACAUGGUAUUGAGUAACACUAUGGCAUACACGUCGGCUGCCAGUCAAGAUGUUUCAACUGGAAGUGCUGCGUAUUUGCCUGCCACAGCCAUGAAGUCAUUUCCUCUCACAGGGGCGGGAUUUACUUCGCACCAAGCAGGGUUUCUUCAGCGUAAAGCGUGUCCCGGACGAGUUGUGCACAUCUGUAACCUCCCGGAGGGCAGCUGCACGGAGAAUGAUGUCAUCAACUUGGGACUUCCCUUCGGCAAAGUGACCAACUACAUCCUCAUGCGCACAACGCAUCAGGCUUUUCUGGAAAUGGCAUAUGUGGAGGCAGCGCAGGCGAUGGUGCAGUACUACCAGCUGCAGCCGGCUACCAUCAAUGGACACAAGCUACUGAUCCGCAUGUCCAAGAGAUACCAGGAGCUGCAGCUGAAGAAACCAGGUAAAGAUGUUGACUCUAUAAUCCAAGACAUCACUUGCCAGAGAGAGCGAGACGAGAUGCAGGAGAUCGACAGUUACCUGCCGGAGCGUGCCAGAUCACGCAGUCCAGUCAGUCGUUCUCUGAGUCCGCACUCACACAGUCCCAGCUUCACUUCCUGUAGCUCCGGCCACAGUCCACCGGGGCCGUCCUGCCGGCCUGACUGGAGCAACGGCAUGGGUCCCCGCCGGGCCUCUUGGGACUGGACGUCCCAUUCCCGAGGCGAUGAAGACCCCCGUGAGAGAGACGACUGGAGGAAUGAUGAGGAAGAAAUACACAAUGGAUGGCUGUCUGAGCGCAGGAAAGCCUACCUUAAAACCGGGGACCGGAUCAGCCCACGUAUGGGCCCCGGGGACGAGCGGGGCAGGGACUGGUACCCCCGCGGAAGCCCCCAGGGUUCAUCCUUCUCCUCCUACCACUCCAUAGAUGACUUUUACAAGAAAGACUCACUGUACAAAACUGAUAAACUGAGCAGGCCGCAACAUCAGAGACAUGCGGGGAAAACGAAGAGAAGGGAAGGCAGCGACUACCACAGACCCAGACGCUCAGAGUCAGACGUGACGGACGACACACACUCCAACCGGACAGCUGAAGACAGAGGACGCAGCAAGAGGCCGAGCCGGAGACAAGAUAAAGAGGAGAAAGAGUCCGAAAAUCAGAAGGAAGAAUAUAGAGCCAAAGAAAGAUCAGCAUCUCCUCAUAACAGCAAACCUGCAAAGUCUUCAAAGUGUGACAGAGAUGGUGACAGAGAAGGACUGGAAAGUGUAGAUGAUGGAGAAGAGGAGAGCUGGUAUCCUAAAAGUAUGGAGGAACUGGUGACCGUAGAUGAAGUCGGAGAAGAGGACGACUCUAUAGUUGAACCUGAUCUACCUGAUCUUCACGAGGAGGACCAGAGAGUCGAGCCCAGCCGGUCGACAGCAGAGAGCCCUAAACCAAACGCAAAGACCCCAACAGAAGGUGAGGAGAGCACGGUGGACCCUCUGUCGCUUCCACUGCUGGAUUUGGUUCCAGCAGAAAGCUCUGGAGGUGCUCAGUCCAAGCCUGGAGAGACGCCCCUGAGACCAUCUGCCCCAGAACAACCGGUCUGUCAACUCAACCUCUUCCCGUCCCAGGAGUUCAAGAGCGCUUUGGAGGAGACCUGCUCCACCACUCAUAUGGAUACACACAUCGACACAACCACGCCAGCUGGUCCUCUAAACAACAGCAGCACAUGUGAAAAUGGGAAAGUGAAUGACCUGAGUAAUGAUGAGAGAAAGACGGCAAAGAUGGACAACAAGGAACUAUGUCUCAAAGUUGACAGUCAGAAGAAAGAUAUUCCCGAAUCAUUACGUGCCCCUUCACCUCAGGUGACAGACUUCUUUACUGCGUCACCCUCUCAGGAGCAGGAGAAAGCCAUCAGUGAACACAGCAUACCGUUAGGUGUGGAGUUCAUCGUGCCAAGGACAGGAUUUUAUUGCAACCUGUGUGGUUUGUUUUACACCAGUGAACAAGCAGCCAAGACGUCACACUGUCGGAGUACAAUUCACUACAGGAACCUACAGAAGUAUCUGUCAAAGCUGGCGGAGGAAAGUCUCUUAAAAUUCCACACACAGUCGCAAAACACUGAAUGAAGCUCAAGUGAGACUAUCAGGACUGCACCACUGCUGGGACAUGGACACAAGAAGAACUGCAAUUGGGUCAUUUGUGUACUCGGGUUCAUAGCAAUACAAACUGUAUGAAAGUUUUCGGGGAUUAAAAAAAAAGCCACAUUAAAUGUCUUAGAUUUUAAAGGAAUAGUUCACUGAAAAAUGUAAAUUCCAAACACACAUGACCUUUUUUGCUGUUAUUCUUCUGUACAGUGGAAUUGAUGGUGGGCUGUGGUUCCAAAAUUUUAAUUUAAAUCAUUAAAGUAGUCCAUGCGACAUGUGCACUAUAUUCCACGUUUUAUUUUUGAAGCCAUAGUUUAAGAAACAAACUGAAAAUAUAAAAAUA